AUGAAAGUGGUCGCCUCGGCUCUCAACUUCCGCGACGUUGCUGCUUCGAUGGGCAUCAUUGACGACUUUGAGCUCGGAGACGAAUGCGCCGGCAUUGUCUUACGUACCGGCUCUGCUGUUGACCCCAGCUGCUUCAAGAGCGGGGAUCGGGUCGUAGCACUACGACCAGGACAGGGUUGUCAUCAGAGCCGAGUGCGCAACCCAGCGUCUCUGUGCUGGAAGCUUGGUGAGAUGGACUUCGCCGAUGCCGCAUCUUUGCCUCUCAUCCUAUCCACGGCUUACUAUACGUUGUUCACGGUCGCUCAGAUCGAGGCGGGCCAAAGUGUCCUGAUCCACUCUGCAGCAGGUGGUGUGGGACAAAUGGCUGUCCAGCUUGCAAAGCUUCGUGGGGCCCGCGUCUUUGCAACAGUCGGCUCCGCCUCGAAGCGCAAACUACUGCGAGAGCGCUUCGACCUUGCUGACGAUCACAUUUUUUCCUCGCGAGAUGCUAGCUUUGCUCAGGCCGUUAUGGAGGCGACGUCGUGGAAGGGGGUUGAUGUGGUGCUCAACUCGCUUUCGGGAGAUUUGCUCAAGUGCUCGUGGGACUGCAUCGCGCCUUUUGGUACUUUCUGCGAGAUUGGCAAGCGAGACAUUCACGAGGACUCCAAGCUAUCCAUGGCUCCCUUCCGCCGUAAUGUGCGCUUCGCAUCUAUCGACUUGGUCAUCAUGUUUGAACGCAACCAAGCACUGCUUUCACGCGUCUUCCGAGAGAGCUGCGAGCUGGUGCAUGCUGGUCAGAUUCAGCUGCCGUGGCCAGUGGAGCGAUUCGCCUAUUCGCAGGCCGCUAGUGCCUUCCGCCUGAUGCAACAGGGUAAGCACACCGGUAAGCUAGUUCUGCAAGAUCAGCCGGGCGACCUUGUUUCUGUGUUGCCCAGCAGCUUCGAGCAGUCGGCUCCUCGCCUCGAUGCCAGCAAAAUAUACCUUCUUGUCGGUGGACUCGGCGGUCUGUGCCGUUCGCUGAGUCAAUGGCUCGUAAGAAGAGGUGCCCGUCACCUCGUCUUCCUCUCUCGAUCUGGAGAAGACCGUCCCGAGGCACGGGAAACGACUCACUGGCUUCGCUCUAGAGGUAUCACAGUGCAGACAUUCAAGGCAGACGUUGCUCGCUUUGACGACGUUCUUGUCUGCAUUCGAACGCUGGGACAACGUCUUGCAGGUAUUUUCCAUGCUGUGACCGUCCUGCGCGAUGCCCUUCUCUCAUCCAUGAGCUUUGACCAAUGGCGAACAUCACUGGGUGCCAAGGCAUACGGAGCAACCAACCUCCAUCGUGCUCUUGAAGAAUGCAACGUUGAUGUGGACUUCUUUGUCAUGUUCUCCUCGGUCUCAACCAUAUUGGGUGCCAAGGCGCAGAGCAACUAUUCAGCCGCCAACUGCUACCUGGAUUUCCUUGUGCGCCACCGUCGCGCACAGGGAUUGGCAGCAUCCACGUGCAACAUUGGCAUGGUCUCUGGAGUUGGUUUGGUCGCAGAGGAUGCCGCUCUCCAAGCAAUCAUGGAGAAGCAGGGCUUCAACGCCGUUAAUCAGGAGGAGUUGCUUGCGCAGCUGUCUUCAGCGAUCGACGCCUCUCGUCCUGGUCAGAUUGUCGACUCAGCCGGCUUUGUCCAGUCACAGAGUAUUACUGGCGUCAACCUCGCCCGAGAAGGUUUGUAUUGGUCGAAUCGUCCACGAUUCGCACAUUUGUACACAAACAACGAUGUUACCAGCUCUAGCGGUGCUGGUGGCGGUCGGAAAGGCGGCGCAUCGCAAAAUCUUGCAGCUCACCUUGCCAGUCUCCCCACACCAGAAACCAAGAUGGAAGCUCUGAGCGCUGCGUUUAUCGAGAAGCUCUCGGCAAACCUUGGCAUCACUCAGGAAUCAAUCGACGUCAACAAGCCUCUUUCCAACUACGGGCUUGACAGCUUGGUCGCUGUUGAGAUCCGCUCCUGGUUCACCAAGACGGCCAGGGCCGAAAUCGCUCUUUUCGAUGUGCUAGGCUCGCCCAGCAUUGUGGCUCUGGUGAGCAAAGCUGUCCAAUCCUUAGCCGCUGCUAAAGCUUCAACUUCCAAAGCAGAUUCUGAACCAGAGUUCAGCAGCCUCAAGAAUGGGACAGGCAAAACAGCCGACAAAGCUACAGCGCAGGACGGCGUGGAGUACGACAUAGUUCCGCGCAGGAACGCAACCAAGACGAAUGUGGUGCCUAUGUCGCUGUGUCAGACUCGCCUCUGGACAGUUCACGCUAUGUCGUCACAUCCAGAGAGGCUCAACCUCUCUGUGGUGUUCCAUCUUUCAGGAGCGCCUCAUCUUGCAACGUUAUCUGCGGCUUGGGAUGCCCUCGUUGCCCGCAAUGAGGUCCUCAGAACGGCCUUCUACGAAGGUGAAGAUGAAUCGGUGCAGGAAAUCCUAGCACCUUUCCACGCCGAAUUGCCUUUCGUCGAUUUGCGCUCGAAAGGAUCAACCGCAAGGGACGAGUUCGAACAUCUUCAAGCCAAACAAUGCAGCAAGCCACUCGAUAUCGAGUCAGGCGAGCUCUUCUCCUUGUUCGUGGCGCAACUAGGUGACGAAGAGUUUGCACUCGGAUGCAGCUUUCACCACAUUGCAGUUGAUGCCGGCAGCGCGGUCCCGUUCCUAGAACAGCUCAAGACACUCUACGAUACCAUUCGAGACGGAAAGGAGCUCACAGCUAUUCCAGCACCUCGCCUGCAGUACGCAGACUACGCCGCCUGGGAAACAGAACAGCAGGGCUCAGCUCAGGUUGCCGAUUCCGAAUCCUUCUGGCGGACUAAGUUUGCAAGUGCACCAGAGGUAUCGGCACUGCUCCCCUAUGCUUCGGUCAGCGAGCGCCUUGCCGUGCCAAGCGAAGGCCGUCGUACCACGCGCAGUUCGAUUCCUGGGCGUCUGCUGAAGCGAUUGAAGCGAGUCUGCACUGAGGCCGAUGUGACGCAGUUUCAGUUCUUCUUUGCUGCUUUCAGGUGCUUCAUCUUCCUGCACACUCGACAAAAUGACCUCACCUUGCUCAUGAUCAAUGGAGCUCGUCCCCACGAGGAGCUUCGUGAUCUCAUCGGCUUCAUGGUCAACAUUACGCCAGUUCGUUGUCACCACUCGUUCGACGACAUGACCUUCGAGGAGGCCCUGCAACUCAUCAAGCCCGACUUGGUCUCUGCGCUCGAACACGGGCAGACGCCAUUUGAGCGCAUCGUGCAACUCGCUUCUGCCGCGUACUCGGAAGGAUCGAGCAGCAAGACAUUCCCACUUGGUCAAGUAGCGAUCAACUACCAGGUACAUCGCAAGCCACCUGUGGUCAAUACGAGCGACUUUGUCAUUGACGACGUUGCAACAGAGGACAUUCCAUCCGGUUGCGAGCUUAACCUCGAGGCCAUGGAGAGCGACACCGGCUUGUCCCUGAGACUCGAGUAUGAUACAACGCUCUAUGCCGACGAUGCGUCCAUGCAACGCAUGCUGGGCAACUUUACUCAGUUCCUCAUGAGCCUUAUGCAAGACCACCGUCAACCACUGGAUGAAGUCUCUCUCAGCGGAAGCGAAGAGAUCGGCUUCCAGCGAGAGAAGUACUGGAACAUCGAGACAAAGACGGAAGACCUUUUUGACGCCAGUUGCGUUGCACAGCGUAUCAUCCAUUUGUCCCAAAAGCAACCGGAAGCCAUUGCAGCUCGCACGUCGCAAGGAGAGGAGAUCACCUAUGCCAGUCUCGUCGCCGAGGCUCGAGAUAUCGCCGCCACGCUCCAAGCUGACGGGGUCGGCAGAGGCGGUCUGAUUGCGCUUCUUAGUUAUCCUGGCAUUCACUGCCUGAAAGGCAUGCUAGCAGCUCACAUGACCGGCAACGGCUAUGCUGGACUCGAUCCGACCUUCUCUGAAGCUCGCCUGGCUUUCAUGGUCAGGGACUGCGGCGCGCGUGCUCUGCUUACGACCACGGAUCUUGCGGACACCGCGAAACGUCUACUCUCCUCCUCCCCCUCCUUCGAAGGUCUGGCAGAUGCCAAGAAUCUUACGACGCUGUACCUCGAUCACUUCGAUCGAGCUAGCCCUACUCAGCUUCCACCGUUCCAAGCCGACUCGAAGCCAGCGAUCGGAGCGGAUCCUUUCUAUGUGGUUUAUUCGAGUGGAAGUACAGGAGCUCCAAAGGGCAUAUUGCUCACCCAGGACAACACGCGCUCGAUGCUGCUCGCCAUGCAGUCGCGAUUCAACUUUGGAAAGGGUGAUCGUUUCCUGUGGCAGUCUUCGAUGAGCUUUGACCUGUCGGUGGUGCAGAUCUUUUCGGCACUCUGCGCAGGCGGAACGAUCCUGAUCGCAAAACAAGGCACACGGUCGGACCCAGAGGCACUCGCGGCGUUCAUGGUGGAGACAGGGCCAACUGUGACCUACUUCACACCGACUCAGUUCACCAUGAUCCUCGAGAGCGCUGCUGACGAGGUAGCCAAACUGGCAAGUACGCUGCGCUUCGCCAUGUUUGCCGGUGAGAGACUGCCUGUGCGACUCGCACAGCGCUUCUACGAGGUGCUGCCUACUUGCUCAACAAAAGCAAGAGUCUACAAUACUUGGUCGCCUUCGGAAGUGGUUGUACAGACCACUAUCGCUGAUGUGGAAGCGCCACAAGCUAAAGACACUUCGAUUCCUAUCGGCUAUCCACUUGCCAAUUGCCGCCACUACAUCUGCAACAAAAGGCUUGAGGUCGUGCCAGUAGGAGUAGAAGGUGAGAUCUGCGUGGGUGGGGCGCAGGUGGGAGAUUAUCUCAACCGUCCUGAACAGAGCGCUCGGAGCUUUGUGAACAACCCUUUCGCCACCGAAGAUGAUGUUCAACGCGGAUGGACUCGAGUCUUCAGAACUGGAGACAGAGGUGUCCUCCGACCCGAUGGCCAGCUCGAGUUCCGCGGACGAAUCGCAGGCGACAAGCAAGUCAAGCUGCGUGGCUACCGCAUGGACCUUGGCGAGGUCGAACAAGCUCUUUUCCAAGCAGCAAAGGGUGAUCCUUCACUUGCUCUUGCCGACGUCUAUGUGGUAGCACGCAACAUCGACACCGCAAACGCAAACGCAAACGCAAACGCCGAUGCGGAUGACCGCAGCACUGUUGCUUUUGUUGUACCCAAGGAGUCUCGAGACACUAAGCGAGCACAGCAGGAGCUCUUCCAUGGCCUCGAGAAAGCGGUCGCUGCUCACCUCAAUCCGUACAUGCUGCCGAGCUUCUACGUUCAGCUGGCUUCGCUUCCCACCACUGUGGGUGGCAAGGUUAACCGUCUUGCCCUGAUGCAAGGCGAGUACGACUUUCUUCGACCGGUACUUCCUUCUUCGUCGCCUGAUGAAUUCCAGCCUUCAAGCGGAACAAGUCAGGUCACGACCCACUCGGACGAAGCGAACGAGGGCGGAGACAAGACUCUGAGCGAAGUCGUCGGCAUUUUCAGAACGAUACUGAGAGGCACCGAUGCCAGCAAGAUCAACGAGGAUAGCGACUUCUUCAAGGCGGGCGGCACUUCGCUUCUAGUGGUACGCCUGCAGAGCCGACUCAAACGUACUUUCGGAUUCGCUCCCACUAUUGCGACCAUUGUCAAGCAGCCCACACCACGCUCGAUCGCAGCCGCCUUGGUGCGAGCUCGAGGCUCUGCAAUGGCAAAUACGUCUACCAAGGUGCCAACGAUGACAACCGCGAAGAAAGCUGAUGUCAUCCCCUGGACGGACGAGCUCGCGCUCGUCGACAAUCUGCCGUCGGUGCGAGACCUGCCCGACUCGACGGUCAAGAACGUUCUUCUGACCGGUGCAGACACGUUCAUCGGUGCUCAUGUGCUCGCCGACCUGAUUUCACGCGAAGACUGCCCUCGCGUCUUCGUCAUUGGAACCUCUGAACCCAUCAGCGAAGCCAAGCUUCUCCAAGUGCUUAACGAGUUCCAUCUGCUGGAUGGCCUCGAUACCAGCAAGAUUGAAGCGGUCCCAGAAGCACGACUCGAUCGAGAGAACCUGGGCCUCACUUCGUCGAGGCUGAGCGCGCUCGCAGACGACAUUGGCAGGAUCCUGCACUGUGCUUCGGAGGUGUCGCUCUUGCGAAGCUACAAGGCGCUGCGUCCAGUGAAUGUGCUGGGCACACUGGCCCUUUUACGGCUUGCCGGGUACAAUGGAGUGGUUCGACCGCUUCACUAUCUAUCAACAUGGUCUGUUCCCCAUCUGGCUACGUGGACCACGGCAUCGUCCCGUCAGGCUAAGCGCCUGGUGCAGCCUGCGGCACCGGACAGCUUCAUGCCAGACUCGGACAAUGCCUUGGGUUACUUCAAGACGAGAUGGGCGAGUGAGAUGUUGCUGACGCGGGCAGCGGACGAGAACAAAGGCUACAGGGUCAGCAUCUAUCGAGCUUCGGCAGCGUCCGGAAACUCAAAGACACUGGUUCAUGAGCCUGAUCAAGACUUUGUGCGCCAGAUGGUGGUGUCCAUGAUACACGAACGCCGGAUUCCGCGUCUGCACAACGACUUUGUGGUCGACUUUGUGCCGGUCAACUACAUCUCUCAAUCGAUCACGGUGCUGGCCAGCACAAGAAAUGUUUGGGCGUCCAGCAAGCAGGGAGCUCAGUUUUACCAUCUGAGCAAUCCAAACCCUCUACCGCUUGCACAGCUGGCAGACAGGAUCGGCGAGAUUCUGGGAGAAGCUGGGACGUCUCGAGCAGAGGUGGUGGACCUUGCCACCUGGCUUGCGCCUUCCACAUCACAAGAGGCAAACGAAGGCAGUGAGAUGGCCAAACAAGUGCUCGCUUCCUACUUUGCGCUUGACCACACCAUGCACGCUCUCGACACGGUGAGCACGACGCAGAGGCUCGCACAGCUCGGUGUCGAGCCUUGUCCACCCGUCUUUGGCGCAUUGCUCCGCGGAGUGGCAAGGCUCUCCUAG